AUGCUGGCAAGGGUCACAUUGCCGCAAACGCUGGUGCCACUGGAUGGAGAUAGGGACCACAACUUUGAGAAUUGGGACACCACGAUCCGACAAUUUCUAGGGAUGGAAGGUCUUGAUGUGUUCCUCGAUACCGACAUCCAGGAGCCUGACAGGAACAAUCGGCGACUGUGGCAGACCUGGGACCUCGGCCGGUCUGUGGCCAAGUACGCUCUUUGCUUGACUCUCGAGCAACCCCAUAUCCGCGAGAGACUUCUAAGGCACGGUUGGGACCCGGAGAAUUGGAACCCAAAGUACCAUUACGACCUCGUCUGGUCACUCUGGGGACAUUUCGUUCCCGCCUAA